CACGUAUCGGAAGAAAAAUAACUAAAGGGAUAAUUUUGUGGUAAAAAAUAAGAAGAAAUAAUUAAGAUUCGUUUAGUUCACUUUAGUGACUCGAUUCGUGUGGAACGUUAGAUACAACACAACGGAAAACUAGCAACUUGAGUUUGAAUUUUUUUUCUCACACUCUAUUGAAUUGAAAUAUUAAAAGCCAAUGUAAAAAGUGUCUGUGUAAUAAAACAUUGAAAAAUUGAACAUAAAAACAAAGUGAUUAUCAAAAAAUAAAAACACAUAAAAGUAAAACCUAAAAUUUAUAACAACAAAAGGCAAGAACGAAGUAAUUAAAAACUACCAAUAAUAUAUAAAUACAUAUAUUUUUUUUUUAGUAAAACUUGAGUGCUUAACCGUCCUAUAGUUUAAAAUAAUUUAUAAAAUAACAUAGAAUUUUUUGCCAUCAUAUCAAAGAAACACUGCUAAAUUAGUUUAAAAAACAACAGAACAAAAAGUGAUAACUAAAAUAACUUAUUUAAAAGAUUUUACAAAUUUUUGUUUAAUAAUACAAUAGAAAAAAGUUUAUAAAUUAAUAGUAAAUAAAUUUCAAGUUAAAAGCAAUUUAAAGCCACAAAACCAACAAUAUGCCGUUCAUUUCCAAAGAUUGGCGCUCACCAGGUGAAGCUUGGGUCAAAACCGAAGAAGGUUGGGAAAGAUUGAAAGUUCUUGAAUGCGGUAAACGUAAACGACUUCCAUCCACUAACGAAGACAACUAUGAAAGUGAUGAUAACAACGAGGAAACUAUACCACCGCACUGCCACAUUACCAUUAGAUGUACCAGGGAAAUAGCCGGUUUUAAUGGACUGGGUGAAGCCGUACGUCGUUUAGAUUUCCGCAGUUCAGUACGCGAUCGUCGACGUUUCCAUUAUAUUUGUGCUUUGCUGAGGCUGCUGGUGGCACACAAAGGCAUUGCCAAUUUGUCGGGCAGUGCCCAGAAGCAAUUGCUGCAAAUGGUCGAAGAGGUGGCAUCGCAUGUCAGUGAUAGUCAACAACAUUUGAAUGUUUUACGUGGCCUGGCUGUGCAACUGCAGCAUAUUGUGUAUCAGGAAAAUCAAAAAUGUUGGGGCAAACCAUUGGGCAGUUCGAAUUUAUGGCAGGAACAUGUUGAGACCAUUAAACGUAUACAACAAGUAGCCAGUCAAAUUGAAAUAAGAGAGCCUGGUCCCGAAAUACGUCCAAAACUGCAUGAUCUACCCGAAGAAUGUAUUAGAGAAAUAAUAUUGCGCAUUGGUGAUCACAGAGAUUUAGAGGCCUCCGCCGACGCCUGGAAAAUCAUGUCGAAACUGGUCAACGAACAGCGCAUUUGGCGUGAAUUGAUACGUUUUCAUUUCAAUCAAAAUCAAAUCGAUUCCAUUUUAGAACUAAACAAAAUGAAACACAUGAACGAUGUCAAGGACGGCAAGAAAUUCUAUCAUCAAUUGAGACGCACCUAUGGUCUAACUGAUGACUAUCAAUAUGCCGAAAUAUUGUCGCUGUGUCGCUAUUGUUGUUGCCUAUUCUGGCCAUCGGAUGGUCAUCCCUGUAUUGUAGAUCAAAGUCCCGACUAUAAACAAAGACUAGAAGAUGCCGGUGGUCAAUUGGCUCUAACGCAGCCGGUACCACCGGCACAAUUUUUAAAAUUUUUCUCAUUGUAAAUUUACGAUUUAUAGAUUAUAGGUUCAUAUAUAUAAAAAAAAAGAAACUCAAAACCAGAAAAACUAAAAAAAACGAUUUUAUUAUUUAAAAGCUAAUGGUGAUAAAAAAAUAAAUAAAAAUAAAAAAAAUAAAUAAAUAAUUUAAAACAGAAAUAUAAAAUGAAAGAAAGUAAGGAGAAUGAGAUUCUAUUACAAUUUUUAAAUAGAAACAUGAGUUGGGAAAUGAUUUAGAUAGAUUUUGUUAAGAAUUUCAAUAGAAUUUCUAUAGACCCAACUUUAAGUUUUAAUAAUACUCCUUUUGUUCUUAAUUUUCUUAAAUUUAUGUUUGUUGUAUAUAUUUUUUUGAAAUUAAAGGCUCAAUUUUAGCCAAUAAGAACAUAAUAAUUUUAUAUUAAAUUUACUAUAAUUUUGUAUAACGAA